AUGGAUGACGUCGAUUGCAGGGGCAAUGAGACACAUAUUUUCGACUGUCCGCAUAACGGCUUCGAAAGCCACAACUGCUACCAUGAGGAAGAUGCCAGUGUCGUCUGCUUACAUGAUCACUGCUCUUCCAAUCCUUGUGAACAGUCAGCAUCGUGUGUCCAAGAUGAUUAUGGUUAUUUCUGCUAUUGUCCUGAAUCCUACACUGGUCAGAACUGUGAAUUACAGAAUAAUGGAAACACUUCGUGCAGUAGGAACUAUUACGACAGUACAGGGAAUAUUACGAGUCCAUUUUACCCUGAGGGUUACGGAGCUAGGUUAGAGUGCAACUAUCAAUUGAAGAUCUGGACUGCGAAGAAAAUCACACUGAUAAUGCAGGACUUUGUUACCGAACCAGAUCAAGACUUCCUCAUCUUCGGCGAGGGUCCAGAAGUCAUUUACGAGGGCCCAAACGUUAUCUCAAUUACCGGGAACCUCACGAGCUUGCCCUUGAUCGAAAGGACUUAUACAUUGGCGAACAACCAAGUCUUCCUCACUUUCAUCUCAGAUAGCAUUAUCACACCACCACGAGGAUAUUUUCACAUCACCUAUACUGCAGGUAAACAAUAA